AUGUCAUUACCUCUCAAAGUCCGCCUCUCCAUCCGCCAAACCUGGGACCCCUCAGACUCCCCCUCCCAAAAAGCCCUCAAAAAACUCCAGGAAACCCUCGGCCGCCCCAUCACCUGCGAGCCCGACUGGGCAGUCCUCCACGCCUCCCUCUCAAAAUCCUACACCAGCGACGCAGCGCAACUCGUCGCAGACACAGCCGCCUACAUCCAAUCCUGGGCCCGCGCCGCCCAAGAUGUCUUCGAUGACCCUGACGCCGGUGAAGCCCUCGCCAACAAGAUGCUCGAGGCCAUGGACGAAAGCGGGGUCAACAGUCUCCAGCUCUCCGUUGAGAUGGCCUCGUCAAACUCCCCUCAGACAAAGUGGGAUACAGAUCGUGCGAGAUUCGUAUUGCUCCUCCCCAAGGGUGAGCCACCGCAUAAUUUGGCAGCCGCUGUGCCUAGUUUUCGCUCCCAAAUCAUGAGUGCGUUUGAUGAGGCCAAGACGGAGGUUGAUGCGGCGGAUCGGGAUGAAUGGGCAGAUGUCUCGGUUCCCGUUGCUGCUCCGACGACGGCGGCGACGACUGCUGCUGCUACAAGAACUGUGCCUGUGAGAGAGGAGGUUGAGCCAUCGUAUUUACCUGAUGUGAAUACCUUGCCUAGACCAGAUGAGCUGCUUUUAAAGCCACCAUAUCAUCUGCACAUUACACAGGGCUCGGCUAUCACGAUCGAGUGCAGUCACAGCCCAUCCCUGAGCUUCUUGGAAGCCUAUUUCAAAAAGUGGUGUCGAACAAAUAACCAUCGUACUGACAGGCCCCCCAUGGUUCAUGUCUCUCUCAGCCAGAGUCCCUUUGGUCUUGGCCCUCUCCACGACACACUGACCCUGGAGAUUCCCCGAGAUCACUACAGUGGCUUGCCCCCUCAGCUCUCGAUGCCAAUUGUAUUGCACUUGGUCGAGAGUGUGUUGGGAUACAGGCUGGUAUUCUCCAACGCAUCCAGCUGGCAGUAUCGCAGAGACACCCCAUUAAAGAAGAUGUAA